AUGAGCUCCUUCCACCCGUUGACAACCUCACACGACGGAGACUUUGGAGACUUUUCCUUCCUUGACGCGCUGACUUUCGAUUCCAAGGAACCUUCUCUGAAUAUCACUGAUCUCGGUCAGCUCCCGGCGUCGAACAAUCUCAAUUUGUAUCCAACCAGACCAGCUGUGCCAGAAAAGAACGACACCGCCCAUUUCCAGCAAAGAACGCCAACCCCCACACUGGUGAGAACCACCACCAAUACUCUGAAGCGAACAGCUACGAGGAGCAACGGUCAAACGAACCAAGUAAAGGAGAAGAAGACAGUCAAGAUGGCGCCAUCUGUCUCAAAACCGCAAAUCAACUGCUUAGAGCUGUGCCACAAGACGACGCUGUCCAUCGACCUCAUCGCAGUGCACAUCCUCGAGUAUCUUACAACCGCCAAACAAGUCGCUUACGGCUUCGAGCCCCUGGCUCAUGAUUUCCUCGACACUUGCCAGAUCUUGUUCUCCAUCGAGGCUGGCCUGGGAGAAUGCAACCGCUCUGGCCAGAAGUUGCCGCAAGAAAUGAUCACGGAGCUGGACCACAAAUUCCGCGUCACGCAAGCCGACUUCAACAUCCUGAACCAGAUGCUGGUCAAGAUGAUCGCGCCAGCAAGUAAGCUGGCGCGCAGCUGGGGAAAAUUGUUCGGUGACAAUGAUAUAAAGAAGAUCUCCAUGGCACUCGCCAAAACUAGAGAGAGUCUCAGAAUGAGCUCUUUGAUGUUCCAGUGGAGCUUGGGAGAAGAGACCACUGAGAAGGAGAAAGGAAUUGGGUUUACUGGCCUUGCGGCAGCACUCGACAGAAUGGACCACAAAGCCGGAAAGGUAAAGGAACCACAAAGAAAAUCUGCGUCGCCCAAGGAACGAUCCUUGACUCCAGCCGCUACACCAAAAUCAGCUACUCCUCCACCAACACAACCCCCUUCUCAACCUCUCCCACAAAUCCCCCAGCAACAUCAACAACAACAGCUUCAAUAUCAACAAUCUCAGACUCCGACGCAGCACCUCUCAGGUCAAUAUGAACCGGGUUCUCAAGUUCCUCAAUUCCCAGCUCCGCCACCAGAUCUCGCCCCUGCCUUCCCAUUCGGGGCAAUUGAUGUGCAAAAUGGUAUGCAAAACGGCCUCUCAAAUGGCCUUUCAAACGGCAUGUCAAAUGGUCUCUCAAACGGCCUGUCGAACGGUAUGACAAAUGGCAUGCAGAAUGGUAUUCAGCACCAGCAUCAAUCAUUCCAGCAGCCACAAGCACCAUGGUCCAAUCGAUCCUCCUCAAUCCAUCAUGACAGCCCACUCAGCAACGGCCGUAUGACAUACACCAAUGGUCUUCACGUUCAUGCUCCUGGCAGCCCCGACCAGCGACAUCAAAGCACCGCCCACACCAGUGGUUCGGACUUGAUGCCAUAUGACCAUUUCGGUCGACACAGCGCCAUGGACGACGCUCGUUCAAUGACGAACAUCACAGAGCCAGACUCGUUGCCAGAGGAUUUCGCGCUUCUGGACCUGGAUCCAGCGAAAGUGGUGCGUCACUCUGUUGACCCCAGCAACAUGCCUCGUGUAUUCCCUCGUAAUGGCUUGGAGAGCGACACCGCAAACAUGAAGGGCGCAUUGGUUUCUGCUAUCCGCAACAAGAACUACAAACUCAUCGAGCAGUUGCUGCACAGGGGUGUUUCGCCAAAUCUCGGCUUCAACAUGCAUCCUCUGAGAGAAGCAAUUCUCUCGCUUGAUGAGGAAAGCUUGAGGCUCUUGCUUCUUUUCGGUGCCGAUCCGAAUGAGUCGAACAGAGAUAGCAUUACACCUCUUUUUGUAUGCGUGGAGAGAUCAUUCCUCGCUGGUGCCACCCUGCUUCUGAAGUACGGUGCCGACCCCAACCUUGUUGCAGGACCUGAGUUGGAGUCGCCUCUUGCCAUUGCAGCUACGGGUAACAUGAUCUCGUUCACACAUCUCUUCCUCACAUACAACGGAGAUGCCAACCAUAUUACGACUGCUGGGGCUCCUAUCCUCACUGCCGCUAUCAAAAAGAAGACACCAAAGAAGUUCAUCGAUAUGAUCCUUGCGUACGGCGCCAAACCCAACGCGAAGACCAAAGAAGGCCACACCGCUCUCUUCGACGCCAUCAACCUUGGCCGAGUUGACAUUGUCACCAGCUUGCUAGAGAACAAAGCUGAUCCCAACUUGCCUGGACCAAAACACAUGCUCUGGCCCUCAGUUCACUACCCCAAAUGCCUUCAGGUACUUUUCUCACACGGAGCCGACCACAAGAAAGCGCCGGGAAUCAUGGAACUAGCAGUCAGCAUCAACAGCAUGGAAUCCGUCCGCCUCAUCCUCAACGCCGGCGUCAGCCCAGACAUCAAAAAAGACGGCGUCUACACCCCCCUCUGCACCUCCAUCCGCGACGACCGCGCCGACAUGCUCAAGCUCCUCCUCGCCAACAACGCCGACCCCAACCUCCCCGCCAGCGAAUACCCCUGCUUCAAAUGCGUAACCCACGACCGCGUACACUUCCUCCCCCUCCUCGUCGCCGCCGGCGCAAACCUCAACAGCCCCAAAGGCAUCAUCGAAGAAGCAGUCAACUUCAACAACGUCGAAGCCCUGAACUGGCUCCUCGAGCAGGGCGUCAACCCCAACGAUCGCAGUCCCAAGGGCCACUCCGCCCUCACGACCGCGAUCCGCGAAAACCGCCCCGAACUCGUCGAUCUGCUGCUUCUCCGCGGGGCCGACCCACACGUCAGAGGCGAGAACUGGCCUCUCUGCAUGGCUGUGGCGAAACCUCCCAUUCUGAAGAAACUCCUCGCCGUUGUCAAAGAACCACAAGCUUUCAAGGGAAUCCUCGAGAUGGCCGUGCACGCCGACCAGCUCGAAAGCGUGAAACUACUCAUCGCCGCAGGCGUCAGCGUCGAAGAUAAGAACGGCGGGGUCUUCUCCCCUCUCACAACAGCCAUCCGCGAAGAUCAUCGCCACAUCGUGAAAUACCUCCUCACGGACGGAGGGGCGGAUGUCAAUUCCCCCGGGGAACACCUCCCGAUCGUGAAAUCGCUGCGUACGCAUCGUGGGACUGAGACGGAGGUGCUGGAGUUGCUGCUGGAGCAUGGUGCGGAUCCGAAUAUGAUGUAUCGGGGCUGGAACGGCAUCAUGCAGGCGGUGGAGAACGGGGAGGCGGAUGUGUUGAGGUUGCUUGCUAGGAAGGCCGGGGUGGAUCUCGAGGUGAGGGAUGAGAUGGGGAGGACGGUUGUGGAGAUGGCGGCGUCGAGGGGGUGGGAUGAGGCGGUGCAGAUCCUUAUUGAGGGUGAUAUGGGACUGCGAAUGAGGAAGUGA